AUGACCUCUGAUAAACAAAACCCCGGCCAUAUCGCCAAACCCUUUACCCCGACGCUGAGCGCUGCCUUUCAUCGAUCAUCGAAUAAAUCGCCUUUGACUCCCAGACUCGCUACUCCGGGGGGUUACCGGACGCCCCGGCGAGUCGCGCAAUCCGAACACCCUGCGUCAGCUAAUACCACCCCCUCCAAGGACGGUUAUCAUUCUACCGCCAGUUAUCUCAGCACGAAUGUGACUCCGCGAACGAAUUCUCGAACAUCUAGACGAGAUGGAACAGUGUCAUCGCCUACGAGUACACCGGGAGUCCCGUCGGCACCCAAUACCCCUUACUCGCAGUCCGUGGUGACCCCUGGAUCGCAGAAUGGAGGGCAUCAUCGAACAGAGCGGAGUCCGGCUCGCGGAGGACCGAAACUGGAGCCCCCGCGAACCAGCAGGGCCAGAACCCUGACCGCAGAGAGCCAUCACUCUGCGCGCCCGAUGUCCUCUCCUGAUAUGUCGUCAUCAGGAUCGCCGAUGUUCUUUCAUGCCUCCGAUGCCAGGUCGUCCAACACCCCCGAACCGGAACCUCGACUCAAGCCGCCCGGGAAACCGUCCUCGCCAGCAUCAUUUAUCUAUGCCAACGGGAAAAAAGAAGAACGUCGGUUAUCAGCAGAUGAAUCUCACCCCGCAGCACCGGCGAUCAAGCGCCGUUCAACAGGCCUGCCCCGGUCUGUGGUUGGGGGGAAAGCUCCCACCAGUAAUUCCGCUUCUCCACGGUUGAAGACUGCGAAGCUCGCGGCUGAUCCUGCACCUCGACUAUCGGAUAGUGCGGCAUCCCAGUCUGGGCCUCCGCCCACUAAUGAUUCCAGUGAGCCUAGUUCGCAGCGGCAGGCUUCGUUGCCAGCUAUCGGUCCUGAUCGACCACCACCCGUUCCCCUCUCUAUCGCACGCCAUAUCAAGUCGUCAAGCUUAGAUUCCGCAAGUAACAGUAACUUACCCAGAGAAGCACUCCGACCAAGUCCCAUUAUCGUGUCUCCAACGGAUCCGGAAGUUGAUGCCAGUGCUGCGGCAUCAGAACCAAUUCCAGGCCUGCGACCUCGGAUUUUCAGUAAUGGGUCUUCUGGAUCUGCGGACACGGCAAGUCCUGUGAAGGAAGCGAAGGAACAGGUGAAUACCAAUGACCCGGCUGCCAAUGCCCGCAUUGAACGCAAGAUUAUGGACCUGGAAAUCAGCAACUCGUCACUCCUGGCGAUUAAUCGUACGUUGGAGCGCGAGAUGCGCAAGCAGAAUGCAGAAUUACGACGAUACCGGCGUCUUAGUCGUGCAGGCCGUAUCCCCGUUGGGCCAUCUAGUCGUUCAGUCUCCGGGACAGCUCUUUCGACAACCACCGAAACGGAAGAGGAAGGAAUGAGUGAGAUAUCUUCGGUGCAGUCACAUAUAGAGUCAUCUGACCAUGAUGAUGGUGAUGCCGAGGAUGAAGAUGAAGACAAGGACGAGGAGGAUGAAGAUGAUGAUGAAGAUGAUGAUGAAGAUGAAGAUUCUGCAGAUGAGGGUGUGAUGAGUCCCGGAUCAUUGGCGAAGCAUGAUGCCAAACAUCGGGCACGAGACGAGAAACGAGUGUUUAUUGAUCUUGCCAAACAUCGGGAGCUAUUGACUGAUAGCCAGAAAAUGAAUCAAAGUCUUCGACGGUGUCUCGCGUGGACGGAGGAACUGAUCAAGGAUGGCCAGAAAGCCUUGGAAUACAACGUCCACGUCAACGAUAUUGAACUUGGGGGACGCGUGCUUGCCCCUGAAGAAUUGCAAGACAUUGGCGAAAGUGCUCGAGGAUUAUUAUCGGCCUCGAACUUCAAAGACGAUUACUCGUCUGUUACUGAAUACAGCGGUCCGGAUUCAGGAAACGAGACGGCUUGA